CUCGGCGGGCCCGUUUCCGCGAUGGACUCGCAAUGGCGGCCCCCAUGGACGAGGCGCAGGGCGGGCGGCAGAAGGAGGAGGCGGCGGAGAAUGGCGGCUCGGAGCCCGGAGCCGCGCCGUACGGCAACUUCACCAACUACUACCGCUUCAACCCACCGGCCGAGAGGCUGCGGCUGCUGCCGGCCGCCGAUUUAGCGGCGGAAUUGGCUGCGGGAGGCGGUGGAGGAGCGGGGUCGCUGGCGCUGGACGUGGGCUGCAACACUGGGGAUUUCAGUGUGGCCGUCUACAAGCACCUGUGUGAGCUGGGACAAGACCUGAAGCUGCUUGGUUGUGACAUUGAUCCCGAUCUGAUUCAACGGGCCACAGAUUCCAAUCCUUAUCCCGAAUCCAUCAGGUACAUCACCCUGGAUGUGAUGGACCCUGUUUGGCGAGAGGCCGCGCUCAGGCCCCACUUGGACAGGUGGCGGCGCGCCUCGUUUGAUAUUUGCUUCUGCAUGUCGGUGACCAUGUGGAUCCACCUCCACCACGGAGACCGCGGGCUGCUCGACUUCCUGCUCUGGAUGUCGGGGCUUUGCCGGACCCUGCUCAUCGAGCCGCAGCCUUGGAAGUGCUACCGCUCGGCCGCCCGCCGGCUGCGCAAGCUCGGGCACGACACCUUCGAUCACUUCAAGACCCUUGCCAUCAAAGGGGACGUGGCCCAGAAGAUUCAGCAGUUCCUCGUUGCCGACUGCAACAUGGAGUUGGUUCGGUGUUUUGGGAACACCAACUGGGAUCGCAGUUUGCUGCUGUUUAAGAAAUGCUCCCUGAACUAAGGCUGAAGUGCAUUCUAGUGCAAUAGACAAUGGGUGCAGGAGUAGGCCAUUCGGCCCUUCGAGCCAGCCCCGCACCACAAAUCCACCUUUAAACUGUUGAAAUUAUAACUCAUUUUACAC